AUGCCGCCUGCAGCGCAUGCAUACGGUCAUGCAAUGCACGCUGCAAGCCGUGCAUUCCAUAACAAAACAAUGGGCCUCGGAGCGAGUGCGGCCGGACAUUUACGAGCCUGGAAAAGACAGAAAACACAAAAAAGAAAAAAAAGCAAGAAAGGAAAAAACAACAACCAAAAAAAAAAAAAAAGGAAAAAAGCAAUGCGAGGGAUGGCGGCGGGAGCAUUCAGCCGGGCCGAGCCUUAUGUCCGGCUGAAUGGGUGUGUGUGUGUGUGUGUGGGGCGGGACGGGACGAAACGAGAAGGGGGGACUACUACAACCCACAGUAACAACAACAACAACAACAAUAACAACCGUGGGAUGAUGAAUGGGAAAAAAGGCGAUCUCGAAAGAACCUUAGCAACCCGCCGUGUUCCAUGCGUUCGUUGCGUCAAAACGCAACGGGAAAUACCCAUAGGGUUAUUGCCCUCACGAAACGUAUUUACAAAGGUGUUCCUCAAGACGUUCGUUACGUAUCCUAUCUGGACGUGA